AUGAGACAAUUGGCGCUGUGCGCGGAUAUCCGUGGCGCCGUUUCGAACGCUUUGUACAUCAUUGAAGCUGUUGUGGAGAAGAAAGAGGUAAAGGAAGCAGUCUUCACCGAGGCUCAAAUUCAUUGCCAACCUAACUCUCUCCUAAUCACGAACACGUCGUCGAUUCGCUUGGUCGAUCUGCUGCCCUCAAUCCGUGAUCACUCCCUUUUCGCUGGGUUGCACUUCUUCAAUCCGGUACCGGUGAUGAAAUUGGUUGAAGUGAUCAGCACACCAGAAACCUCUGACGAAACCCACAAGAAGCUCUUCGAUUUUUGCAAAUCAUUGGGAAAGCAGCCAGUUUCGUGCAAGGAUACGCCUGGAUUCAUCGUGAACCGUCUUCUUGUUCCAUACCUUCUUGACAGCAUUCGAAUGUUGGAACGAGGGGACGCCACAAAGGAGGACAUCGACGCUGCGCUGCGAUACGGCACUUCAUGUCCGAUGGGUCCGCUCACAUUGUGCGACUAUGUAGGCCUCGAUACGCUCUCAAACGUAAUGACAGUGUGGCGAGAGUCAAUGCCUGAUGAUGUACGCUUCACACCAAUUCCCCUUUUGGAUCGACUCGUCAAAGAAGGAAAACUCGGCCGAAAGACCAAAGAAGGCUUCUACAAAUAUUGA